GCCCCCCCACGCUCGGGGCGCGGCUAUAAGGAGCGGCGGGGCCGGGGGAGGCGCUCGGCGCGGAGCUCGGCGGCGGGCGCGGCAGCGGCUGCGGGUCUGGGCACAUCCCCGGCAACAUGCGGGUCCUGCUCCUCCUCUGGCUCCUGGCCGAGGCUGCCGUGGCUGCCCGGGUGCGCACCCGCCGGGAGUUGUCCCCCGGGCUGUACGAGCACGGGGUGUACGAUGCCAGCGGGUCCUACUGCCAGCGAGGGGACGUCUGCUGCCACGGCCGCGACGACGCCUGCACCGUCCCCUACCACGACACCCUCUGCUACUGUGACCUCUUCUGCAACCGCACCGUGUCCGACUGCUGCCCUGACUUCUGGGAGUACUGCCUGGGCAUCCCCGCCCCCUUCCCCAAAGCCGCAGGCUGUGCCCGCGCCGGCCGCAACUACCCCGCGGGAGCCACGUACCGAGAGAACUGCAACCUGUGCACCUGCAGCCCCGGGGGGCAGUGGCAGUGCGAGGACCACGCCUGCCUGAUGGAUGGAGAGCUCAUCGACGCUGUCAACAGGGGCAAUUACGGCUGGAGAGCCACCAACUACAGCCAGUUCUGGGGCAUGACGCUGGAGGAAGGGAUCCGGCACCGCCUGGGCACCUUCCGACCCUCUCCCACCGUCAUGAACAUGAACGAGCUGCAGAUGAACAUGGACUCCAAUGAGGUGCUGCCCCGGCACUUUGAUGCAGCUGCCAAGUGGCCUGGGAUGAUCCACGAGCCCCUGGACCAGGGGAACUGUGCUGGCUCCUGGGCCUUCUCCACAGCAGCCGUCGCCUCAGACCGCAUCUCCAUCCACUCCAUGGGCCACAUGACGCCCGCCCUGUCCCCGCAGAACCUCCUGUCCUGCGACACCCGCAACCAGCGCGGCUGCGGCGGCGGGCGGCUGGACGGCGCCUGGUGGUACCUGCGCCGCAGAGGGGUGGUGACAGACGAGUGCUAUCCCUUCAGCAGCCAGCAGCGGCAGCCGGUGGCACAGCCCUGCAUGAUGCACAGCCGCUCCACGGGCAGGGGCAAGCGGCAGGCCACGGCGCGGUGCCCCAACCCCCAGACCCACGCCAACGACAUCUACCAGUCCACCCCUGCCUACCGCCUCUCCUCCAGCGAGAAGGAGAUCAUGAAGGAGCUGCUGGAGAAUGGCCCUGUGCAAGCCAUCCUGGAGGUGCACGAGGAUUUCUUCAUGUACCAGAGCGGGAUCUAUCGGCACACGCCGGUGGCUGAGGGGAAGGGGCCAAAGCACCAGAGACACGGCACCCACUCGGUCAAAAUCACUGGGUGGGGAGAAGAGCAGCUGCCUGAUGGCCAGACCCUCAAAUACUGGACGGCGGCCAACUCGUGGGGCACAGCGUGGGGCGAGCGCGGCCGCUUCCGCAUCGCCCGCGGCGUCAACGAGUGCGAGGUCGAGACCUUCGUGGUGGGCGUGUGGGGCCGGGUCAGCGUGGAGGACAUGGCCCACAAGUGAGAGCAGCAGCCCCCCGACCCCAGGGACCCCCACACACCCCCUACAAGCGUCCUUGUCCCCGGCCUGGGGGGCAGAGGCGUGGGGCAGGGGCUGGGCUUGGCCGCUGGUGCCCCGGCCGUGCUGACACAGCACACGGGUGCAGCGGGGCGUGGGAAAGGGGGGGAUGCUGGGCCCCAGCCCCUGGCCUGGGGGGGAUUUACCCGUUAAUCCCCCUGCCCUGGGCUCAGCUGUGCUGCCAUGGCACAUGGGGGCUCUGCAAAAGCAGCUUCACCCUCCUGCUCCCACUGCAAUGGGACCCCCACACCCCAGAUCUGCCCCCUCAGCUCCCCUGGAGUAGGGAAGGGGGGUUAAAAUAGCCCAGCAGUGUCCAGGGGAGGCUCAGCCGUGCUCCCAGGGCUGGGAGCUGCCAGCAUGGGCUCCCCACCGUCCCCCCUGCCUGUCCCUAUGGUGCUAUGGCCCUGCUCCCCCCCAGGCACAGGGGAAGGCUCAGCCCUGCGCUGUCCCUGUCCUGGUUGGGCCACAAUUGGGGACCACACCGACACACAGCCCAGGCCCCCCCUUCCCUGCUCCCUCUUUCCCCCACUCCCCAGGGCUGGGCUUUUAAAAUGGGUUUUUGUAUUUAUUGUUGCUUUUUAUUAUUUCUAAAUAAAGCUGUGGAAGCCUCA